UCUCGGCUAAAAAAUGGUUUGAGUCUCGGCUAAAAUAAUAUAAGCCCUCGAAAAAGAUAAAAAAAGGGAAGAAAAAGAAAAAAAACAGCUCAAACUAUCUUCGAAAUUAUGAAAAAUAAAGGGAUGGUUGAUAGAACAUUUUUGAAAGCUGUUUUCAAGUUUUUGAAAAUGCACUACCAGUACUUUUUUCGAUUUUCGGUCGUCGAGCAAAAAAUUUUGAAAAAUUUUUCUCAAAAUAACUAAUCGCAAAUAACUAAUAGGUCAUUGAUUUGUAGGUGAUGAAUUGUUCCUCUCGUCAAAAUACCAUCCACAAAUACACCUCCACAUACUCGAUUUUUUGGAUCAGGAAGUUUUGACCACUCUCAUCUGAAACGACAUACUGUGUGUGCAAUCGCGUAUGCAAACCCUGAACGAAGGUGCUACCAUGAAAAUGGACACACUUGUUUGAGUGGUAGCUUGGUGUUAGCUAAAACGGGCCGAAAAGAAAGUCAGGUUGUGAGAAGGAAGAAUGAAAUGAAGAACUGAGAUGAAGAAGAUUGCAACAACUUAGAUCAAAAUGAUUAUUGGAAAGAUGCGCUUGACAAUAUAACUACAAAUCGACAAAGGAGAAGUUCCUCAUCAUGAAGACAAAUAGACGAGGACAUUGGUGUCGAUUAUUGUUGGUAGCUGCAAUUUUAUUCGAGCAUGCUAAUGCAGAAAAGCGAAAACGGCAAAUCUUUCGUGAACAAGUGCUGCCUGCAUUAGGUGGCAAGAUUCCAGAAGAAGCUUUCAGAACGGAUCGCUUGGCAUUGAAUCGAUUGAAUAAGGAAGGUAUCACUGUACCUGACGGUAUAGUCCUAGACGCUCGGCAUAUCCACAAACAUUCUUAUUCCGAUAAAAAAAUGUUAGAAAUAAUAAAGGUCUAUCUAACAUCAGAUGGCCGAUACGUAUCUCCAGAAGGCCGACCUCACUAUAAUCAUCCGAAAACCGUCGAUACGACCUACAUUAUACGUAGGCCGUUUAUGCAUACGAAUCACAAAACACUGAACGCUUACGAAAAACUGACAAAUUAUCCAAAGCCACAGGUUUAUUCAAAUUAUAGACAAUUUGUUCCGAUCGUAUCGUCCAUUAAACCGGAAGUUUACAAACCUAUUAUGAUGCCUCUAAUACUUCCGGCUGAUACGGAACUAUUUGAUUCAAGUUGGAGAACAGAGUAUGACUGGGAUACUGUAUAUAAACCGUUUGACGAUUAUUUUAUCGACAACAUCGCACUCUUCAAUUCGCAUCGGGUUAUCACGGAUUAUCAAGGAUUUCUCGAUGAGUUCCAUGAACGAUCCUUGAGACAUGUGGAUUUUGAAAGUAGCGACAGAAAUCAACAGCAUCGUCAGGACCAAAAAUAUCAAGAAUUACAAAGUGGAUUGAAACUGUCGUCUUAUCAGAAAAUCAAGUCAAUUAUCGCCAAUCCUCACAAUCCUGCCUACACAAAUCUUACAAGUAUACCGGAGACCAGUUUUUCUUGCCGUGGAAGGAACGGAAUGUUCGCAGACAUCGAAACUAAAUGCCAAGUAUUUCACAACUGUUUAGGUUCAUCGAAAGUAUCUUCUUUGUGCCCACCAGGAACCGCAUUUUACGAAGCAAAUAAGCGCUGCGAAUGGUUCGACAUUGUACAGUGCAAGCAGGAACGAGUGCCGGUGGACGAUUAUCACGAUGAAUAUCAAAAUUUCCAACCAAUAGUGGGAUUUCGUCAGCCUAUCAUCGUGAAGGAAGAGUCAAAGAAGGAACAGGACUUUAGCAAAAUUCCUGGAAUUCCCGGAAUAGAUUAUCCUAUCUAUCAUACGGUGCCGCCUACAAGUUUUUCCUGCGCGUAUGUUCCGUUUGUACCAGGAAUGUACGCAAACGUGGAAACUGGCUGUCAAGCGUAUCAUAUUUGUCAUGAUGGACGCGAAGGACAUCAAGGUGCAUCUUUCUUGUGCACCAAUGGAACACUUUUCAAUCAGCACGAAUUUGCAUGCGACUGGUGGUAUAAUGUUAACUGCGCCAACGCACCAUCUCUUUACAGGCUUAACGGAGAUCCACUAAAAAAUCCAUACGUACCAAAAGAGACAAAGGACGCAAUUCGAAAAAAAAUGAAAAUUAUCGUAAUUUAA